ACGAUGGUAACGGGUAACGACAAUAACGUAGUUACACCGGCAGAACCAGCCACCAGCCAGGACCAAUCAACCACUGACGCCGCGAUGGACACAACUAAACCAACCACCAGCCUUACCGGAGCGGUUCAACCGUGCCGAAAGUUGGGUGGGUUUGAAUUUUACGAGAAAAUUCUACACUCUCCACGGUACGUGGUGGCACCGAUGGUGGACGCGAGUGAGUUGGCCUGGCGUUUGCUUAGCCGACGACACGGUGCACAGCUCUGCUAUUCGCCCAUGUUCCACAGUAGCUGCUUCACGAAGGAUCCCAAGUAUCGGAAAGAUUCAUUGCAAACCUGCCCAGAAGACCGGCCACUGAUUAUUCAGUUCUGCGGUAACGAUCCGAAGGUGAUGCUGGAAGCGGGUCUGCUUGCCCAGGAUCACUGUGACGCAAUCGAUAUUAACCUUGGCUGUCCGCAGGCUAUCGCUAAGCGGGGUCAUUAUGGUGCCUUUUUGCAGGAUGAAUGGGAGCUGCUGCGUGAGAUCGUAAGCACUCUGCAUCGUAAUCUGGCCAUCCCGGUCACGUGCAAGAUACGCAUCUUCGAGGAUAUGGCGAAAACGAUUCGAUACGCCCGAAUGCUGCAGGACGCCGGUGCCCAGAUACUGACCGUGCACGGCCGAACGCGCGAACAGAAGGGUCCACUGACGGGGUUAGCCGACUGGAAGUACGUGAGCGUGCUGCGGCAGCAGUUAAACAUACCCAUCUUUUCGAACGGUAACAUCAUGUCGGUGCACGAUGUUGAGCGAUGCAUCGAGGAGACGGGUGUGAAUGGGGUGAUGACGGCCGAGGGUAAUCUGCACAAUCCCGCCCUGUUCGAGGGUGUGAAUCCGACGUCUUGGAGUAUGGCGCACGAGUAUCUCGAUCUGGUGGAACAGUAUCCGGCACCGAUUUCCUACAUACGGGGGCACCUUUUUAAGAUGUUUCAUCAUCUAAUGCACCUAAAAUCGAACGCCGUCCUACGAGAGAAGCUGGCCGGUAGCCAUUCGGUGGCCGAAUUCCGCACUGUCGUAGUCCAGCUGGAGCAAAAGUAUCUGCCCUACCACGAGGGUGAACAACUAUGGACGGGAGAGGACGAAAACGACGAUGAAGAGCAACACGAUCAUCCGAAAGAAGAAACCGUCAAGCAGGAUCAAAAUCUGCACCUUCCACCGUGGCUCUGUCAACCGUACAUGCGUGCCCCACCGGAAGUGCACCGUCAAAAGCUCGAAGAAGCACACCGCCUAGCGAACGAUCCUACCCGCGAAAAGCGACAGUUCUUCGACGCCCACGGUAAUGAAAUUUCACGCAAACGUAUGAAAAAGAUGCGCCGUGUACAGCGUCGACCGAAGAACAAGCACCGGGCGUUGCAGCGUGCUUUAAACAGUGGCGCACCGGGAACUAAGCAGGAUAAUGAGAGUGAUGAUGGCGAGGACGAAGACAAUGAAGCAGGACAGCAGGAGGAGGAGAAUGCUUCGAACGAGAUUCAGAAUAUUGUCCGGAUGAACAUAUCGAUUGCCGACACGAGCGGCCGACGGAGAAGGUUCGAUGAGCUGUGCAAGAAUGACGCACCGGAUUGUACAAACCCAAUGGGUAUGAAAUGUGAACAUCGGCUCUGUCGGACGUGCUGCAAAGGCAAAUGCUAUCGAGAGAAUCGGGAUUGUGUUGGGCAUAAGAUUCGCAUCAAAUCGAGACGUGAGAAAGCGAUCGCACUGACACUAGCUGAACAAGAAGCGAAAAAGGCAAUCGAAAUGGCGGAACAACAACCAUCGGUGAACGUUGAAACGGUACUGGACAAUCAAGUUAUUAUCACUGAUGAGCAAAGUUGA